CGGAGGGGCCAGCGGUGCAUUGUGGGGAGUGGCUCUGAGUGCGAGUGCUGCGCUGCCCAGGACAGAGCUGCUGCUGCUGUUGCUGCUGCAGGUCCUUUCCCCCUUGGCUGGCCAGAAAUUAAUGCAGCUGAGAUGGACAGGAGGCAGGUUCCUUUAACAUCAUGAUCUCAUGCCUGAGGUGUGUUUGAGUUGGCGGCAGGGGAUUCCUUCCCAGUUGAAGAUAAAGUCAGCUCAUAAGUCUGGAUUGUAGCUCGGCGAUAAAGCACGUACAUUGGAUUCAGAAAGGAUUGAAAUGAACCUGGAUUCAUUUUGCAGGGAUGCCCGUGGAGUUCUGCUGCUGCUGCUGCCUAACAUUACCAUGUGGGAGCUGAAAGGUCCUCGCCGUGGCCAAGGGGAUUGGGCCAUGUUCUUAGGCCGCCUUUUGCUGUCCCUGGUGUUUGUGGCGAUGCUCCUGCUUCCAUGCUACUCAGCUGCUCGUCCCCCUUCCUACCCAUCCUUCCUGGUCCCUAACGCUACCUUCAAUCACCUGGCCCAAGCCCAGAACACGGGAGCCCUGUAUGUGGGUGCUGUCAAUGCCUUGUACCAGCUGAGUCCUGAACUGAGGCUGGUGGGACGGGCACGCACAGGGCCAGACAAAGACAGUCCCGAGUGCCUCCCUUUCCGGGAUGCUCGUGAGUGCCCACAAGCUCGGUUCACAGACAACUCCAACAAGCUACUGUUACCCAACGAGAGGGCUGGGGAGUUAGUAGUCUGCGGACAGCUUUUCCAGGGAGUGUGUGAGAAGCGAGCCCUUGGGGACAUUGCCAAAGUGCUAUACCGGCCUGAGGAUCCUGGCGACAACCAGUUUGUGGCUGCCAACGAGCCACGGGUUUCGACUGUGGGCUUGGUGGGCCGUCACGCUGGCCGUGACCUGCUCUUUGUGGGUCGAGGGCUGACCGCUAAGCUCUCAGGAGGGAUCCCGCCAUUCACCAUCCGGCAACUAGAAGGAGCCCAGGCCUUCUCUAAUGAAGGGAUGGGCAAGUUGGUGGUAGGCGACUUUUCUGACUACAACAACAGCUACGUGGGCGCCUUUGCUUCUGAAGGUCAUGUCUAUUUCCUGUUCUCUCGGCGUGGAGCUAAGGCCCAGAUGGAGUAUCGCACCUACCUCUCCCGGAGCUGCAUGGAGGACACCAACCUCUAUUCCUACGUCGAGCUGCCCCUUGAGUGCCGGGAUGCUAAAGGACGUAUGUACAACCUGGCUCAAGCGGUGCAUCUGGCCUCUGGUUUUGGUGGGAAAGGAAAAACUCUUUUUGUUGUCUUAGCCGCUGGCCAGGGCUCCACUGCGGUGCCGACGUCACAGACGGCUCUGUGUUCAUACAGCUUGAAGGAGGUGGAUGAGGCCAUGGAGCGGACCCGGCAGCUGUGUUAUACCUCGGCUGGCCUAGGCCUAACUAAAGAGGAGGAAGCUGCCAUUGAAUACGGUGUGACCUCACGCUGCAACUUAUUACCCAAGGAGUCCCCAGAAGCUUACCCCUGUGGGGAUGAACACACACCUAGUCCCAUUGCUAGCCGGAAGCCACUGGUGGCUGAAGCUCUUCUGACCACUGUUCCAAGACUGACAGCUGUGGCAGCCAUGGUAGAAACAGGUCACACCAUCGCCUUCCUGGGAGAUGGUGUUGGGCAGCUGCAUAAGGUCUAUCUGAAUGGCUCUGUGGCACAGGUCUACAGUACAAUCCCCACCGGUCAGCGCUCCCCAGUCAAUCCAGACCUCCUGCUAGAUACCAGUGGGGCAUACCUGUAUGUGAUGACAGCCUCACAGGUGAGUUGCCAUGGGGCUCAAUCUCCUCCUCUCCCCCCUACAUUUUUUUAG